CAUUUGUGAAUCAGUUGAAUCAGUUGGCAGCAGAACGCACAACUAGUAACAUACACAAAUUAUCAAAUUUUAUAUUAUAUUAAAAAAGCAACUAUGGCUGAUAUAUCCAAGGACGAACUUCGUAAAGAGAUUACCGCUAUCCUCAAGGAUGCUGAUCUCACGACAAUGUCUGCCAAAAAAGUACGACAAAAUAUUGAAGAAAAAUUAGACAUUGAUCUUUCAUCAAGAAAAAAAGAAGUUGAUGAUCUUGUAAUGGACCAUCUCCAAGAAAAACAAGAUGAUGGUGGAAAAAAAAAGAAAAAAGCAGCAAGUGAAGAAUCAGAAGAAGGUGAAGAGGAAGAAGAAGAAGAAGAUGAAGCAUCUGAAGAGGAAGAAGAAGAAGAAAAAAAACCAGCAAAACGUGGACCACCAAAAAAAACACCAUCAAAACGUAAGAAGGGUUCAUCAGAUGAUGAUGAAAGUGGUAGUGAUGAUGAUGCUAGUGAUGAGGAAUACAGUCCAAAAAAAGUUGCCAAGGUUACACCAAAAAAAGGUAAACCAGCAGCUAAAAAAGGCAAAGGUAAAGGCAAAGGUAGUGAUAGCGACAGUGAUGAAGAUUGGGGUAAAAGCAAAAAACCAGCAGCUGGUGCUAAAAAAGGACCAGGUAAAGGAAAAGGUGGUUACACAAGAGCAAUACCAUUGUCACCAGAAUUAGCAGCUAUUGUUGGUGCUGAAGCGAUGGCAAGAGGUGAAGUUGUUAAAAAAGUUUGGGCAAUCAUCAGAGAAAGAAACUUAUAUGACCCAAAAAAUAAGCAAUAUGCCAUUUGCGAUGAUGAAUUGAUGAAAGUCAUUGGUGUCAAACGUUUCAGAACCUUUGGUAUGAUGAAAUAUCUUAAAAGUCACUUCGUAGGUUAAUAAUCUUUUUGAUUUAAAACAAAAAAAAAAAAAAAAAAAAAUUUUUAA